GCUCUUUCGAUUGGACGCCAUUACCAACGUUGGUCUGCCGCUCCGGUAAGGUUGAAGCUUGCAUGCGCCAGGGACACCCCACCACAUCGAAGUACAUUUCCGGAUUGAAGCUUGACCGAAAGCUUGCCAUGAAGGUCCAGAUCUAGCACAGCUUGAUGAGAAGGUGUUUUGGCUGGUCUUCCUCGGCCGGGCACGCACGUGCGAUACAACUAUUGACGUCUUCCGAGUGAAGCUGUUAAGAAUGCCUGAUUCAACGGUGAGAAUGAUGUCCUAGAGACACCCACGCUCGUGCCAUCAAGGCCUUGACUCCGGCAAGAUGUGGCCGUUCAGCAAGUCUGGGUCGAACAAGUCCUAUCAACCCGUCAAGACCGAUGAUCUCGAGGACGACAACAUUUCAUUCGACCUCGACGACGGGCAAUACUCAGCACCAAAGACGAAGCGAAAAGGCCUGGUUACCACCUUUACCGGGUUCAUUGGAUUCGCUCUUAUCGUAUUGUUCCUGAUCGGCUUUGGCAUCUUCAUUACGUCGCACAAGGACCGCUCGCAAACAUCGACCGAGAACACUGCGACGGAGCCAUCGUCGCCGUCGACUGACAACCCGUCCAGCUCGGCUCCGUCAUCAAACUCAAACUCUUCUCAUUGUACCCUCCGUCGCGAGUGGCGAACGCUCGAAAUUCCAGAGAAGCACGAAUACAUUCGAGCCGUGCAAUGCCUUUUACAGCAACCGUCCCAGCUCCAACCUCCUCAUACCUUGACAGCAAAUUCGACCUUGUACACCGACUUCCCUUUCAUCCACGCCCACAUCGGCUACCGCACGCACAAUUCUGCGCCGUUCCUCCCUUGGCAUCGGUACUUUCUGCACCUGUACGAGACUGCUCUGCGCGAGAAGUGCGGGUUCACUGGUGGCCUGGUGUACUGGGACUGGACGCUCGAUGCCGCUGACUUGACCAAAUCGCCUGUCUUUGAUCCGGAGACUGGGUUUGGCGGAGAUGGAGACCCGGAUCUGCCAGUUACUCUGGGACGGAGUGGUCGGUGUGUGACGAAUGGUCCUUUCGGAGCCGGACCCGACGGCGUGGGAGUCUGGGGACAGUUCUACGAUGUCAAGUUCCUGCCGCAUUGUCUUUCGCGAGGAUUUCGGGAUGACGAAGGCAAUCUUGGGACUAUCGAUGGUAGUACGGUGACGGCAGAAAGCAUUGGGGAGGUUUUGGAUAUUGAGGGCUACGAGGACUUUGUCAAGACGCUGGAAGGCAGAGUGCAUGAUGCGAUUCCAUUUGGAGUUGCGGGUGAUUUCGAGACGUUUACCGCGCCUUAUGAUCCGCUGUUCUAUCUGCACCACACACAGCUUGACCGGCUGUGGUAUAUUUGGCAGCAACGGAAAGCGGAGCGCGUGAUGGAGUACAGUGGUCAUGAGGCCCGUCAUUCGAUUGAGUCGGCGAAAUUGACUGAUAAGAUCACGAUGGGAGGGUGGGCAGAAGAGAUUGAGGUCCGGCAGGUCAUGGACACGGAGGGAGCAAGUAAGAGUGAUGAUGAGCAGGCGUUGUUAUGUUAUCGCUACUGA